AUGCAAUUCUCCAACUUCGGAAGCUGGUUCGUCGCCGUCUUGUCGGCCUCGAUGGCCGCGGGGGCUGCUCUGCCUCGCACCAAAGUUGGUGUCGUCGAAUUCAAGCAGACUCGCAGCGAGAGAUUUGUCGGCCGCAACGGCCCCCUGGCCCUGGCCCGCGCCUACAACAAGUACGGCAUCCCCGUCUCGGAGUCUCUCAAGAACGCCGCGCAGACGACCAGCCAGGCGCACGCCAAGCGCGCCCAGGGCACGGCCGUGGCCAACUCGGACCAGGGCGAUCUCGAAUACCUCGUGCAGGUCGCCAUCGGCACGCCCGCGCAGAACCUCAACCUCGACUUUGACACGGGCAGCGCGGACCUCUGGGUCUUUUCCACCGAGACGCCCAACGGCGGCAGCCACAGCCUGUACAGCCCCGGCCAGAGCUCGACCUCGCAGAAGCAGAGCGGCGAGACGUGGUCCAUCCAGUACGCCGACGGCUCCGGCAGCUCCGGCGACGUCUACACCGACUCGGUGACGGUCGGCGGCCUCACGGUGCCGAACCAGGUGGUCGAGUCGGCCCAGCAGGUCUCGUCGCAGUUUGCAAGCGGCGACAACGACGGCCUCCUCGGCCUCUCCUUUAGCUCGCUCAACACUGUGACGCCCAACAAGGCCUCGACAUGGUUCGACAAUGUCCAGUCGCAGCUCGACAGCCCCCUCUUCGUGGCGGACCUGCGCCACAACGCGGCCGGCAGCUACGUCUUUGGCGGCAUCCCCGGUGCGGCGCAAAACAUCCUGUACACGCCCGUCGAUAGCAGCCGCGGCUGGUGGGGGUUCAGCUCGAGCAUCGGCGGCAGCUCCGUGAGUGGCAUCGCCGACACGGGCACCACCCUGCUGCUCCUCGACGACUCCAUCGUCAGCAACUACUACCAGCAGGUGUCGGGCGCCGUCAACGACUCCCAGCAGGGCGGCUGGGUCUUUGACUGCAGCGCGCAGCUCCCCAGCCUCUCGUUCAGCGUGGGCAACGGACAAAUCACCAUUGACGGCAGCCUGCUCAACUACGCGACCCAGGGCAGCCAGUGCUUCGGUGGUCUGCAGUCAAACAACGGCAACGGUCUGUCUAUCUUUGGUGACAUUGCUCUCAAGGCUGCCUAUGUCGUCUUUGACGCUGGUAAUAACCAGAUUGGCUGGGCUCAAAAGUAA